AUGUGCACCAGAAGAGUCAGCCGCUACACUGCUUGCGCCCACCACCACAACAAAGCCUUGGAGGAGAAGCUAUGCGUCAAGAAGGGUCUUGUUGCUCCUUGUCCCUCUUGGGAGUGGUUGGUCAUCAACGACCUUCCUACUGCUGAGCCUUGUCCUUGUGACCACUGCUUGGCUGCCGAGGAGCGUCGUCUGGAGUUGGAAAGCCCUGACAUCAAGGCCAAAGCCAAGGAUAUCUCUCAGUGA